CACCAAAGUCUACAACGUGAAGAAACCCAUACAACGCCAUGUUGCCAGAAUCAAUUGUUAAUCGCCGUUGCAUUUACGGAAUCCCAGGAGUCUUUCCCUUUAUCCAAGGAUGAAGAUCCGUAUCUCGCGGAGUUGGAGAGGAGGAUAGGGAUGGUGAAUCCGUCGAGGUGGAGACGUUUGUUUUAGCUGCUCGUGGAUAGGAGUCUUUGCACUCCUCUCGGUACGACCAUGCGCUCGUAUUCUUCUGAAUGGACUGAAGGCUACUGCAUCCACUAUACUUCGGACAGUGAGAUCCCAAUCGAGGCGAUCUGCUGGAGUGAAGAGAAGAUUGACCAGGAACAAAUGCCUUCCGCGGAGGACAUUGCUCGAUUCAUGGAUAACCCAGACCACACAACCGACUACCUCGUCACUGAAGCACGAGAGCUCAUCAAGGGUUGUGAUGAUGGCCCAAUAUGGCUUUCCGGCUUGGGUUCCAGCGUCGUUUCCAUAUUAUCUGCAAUGCUGGACUGUGCGCCUAGUGAGCGUGGCCUGCGAUAUAUCAGCUCAUCCAUAUGUGCCUCCAAGUCUCUCAAUCAACUGGCCUUGGUGUGGUUUGCGCAUUUCCUGUGGCCCUUCAAGGUUUUAAACCGGUACUCGGUCCUCUUAGAUAGUAAAACCAAAUGGAGCCAACAUUGCGAUCUUCGUCAGCAGGUGCUCCUUCGACAAGAUUACCGUUGUGCUUUAACAGGCUUCACGCAACUUGGCCACACUAAAGGAAGACCUUUAUGCAAUCUGCAAAUCACUCGUAUUCUCCAGCGAUCAAUUAUGGGUUCCGAGAAGACCGAUUUCCUCGGGACCAUCGCACGGGAGAUGGUCAAGAAUUACGUAGAUCCGACGGUGGACCUGGAUGCGGAUGGACUCCAUAAUUUCAUCACUUUUCAGUAUGAUACGAGUGUUUACUUCAACUAUUUUAUGUUCUCACUCAAGGCGACGUCAAAUGCCGGUGAAUACGCGGUAGAGACAUACGGAGAACGUGAAUGGUUUUUUCCCUUCAAAGAUGUUAUCGUCUUCGAAGUGGAUACACCGCCCGACCCGCGAUACCUUCGGUUGCAUGCAUGCGUGGCAGAUGUGCUCCACCAAAGUGGUGCGGGGAAAGUCAUGAAUAAGAUCCUUUUCUGCCUAUAUGAACGGACAGGUGCUGUCCGUAUAGCGGAUAUAAUUGAUCUCCAGGGAAUGUUAGACACUCUUGCUCUUCGUUAUUCGCUGAUCACGGCGUUGAAAUUGCCAUGAGGCCAGGCCCCCUUCAUGACGACAUUGUCUUUUAAUCCUGUGGCAAGUCGUAGGGAGGAACGUGUACCGAAUCUAGCGAUUGUGGUUGUCUGACAGAAUUCCUGUUUAUAGAUAUCCUCUCCUCUGGUGCUUAUGGAUAUUGGAUAUUGUGGUCUUUCUGUUUAUUCAUCUGAGCGUGUUUCCUCGUUCUUAUUGCAGAAGGUCAACUGUGUCCACCUCUAUAUAUUUACCAAUGGGACGUGUUCUCGUCUCUAGCUGCAGCCUGUCAUUCAAUGAUAGCAUGUGGCCGCCGUUGUAACUUGCGCUUGUCAUCUUUCUUUGCCAAAUAUCUCAUGUCCAUUGUCAUCUACGUUUAUCCGUCCUAAAUUCAAUGUAUACAAAGCAUUUUCAGAGCAAUAG